AUGUUCACCCGACUAUUCGUUAUUUUGGGUUUGAUUUCCACUUCACUCGUUGCUGGAACUGCAGUCAGGAAAUGUUCCGGAAAUAAAAAUUUUCCAUUAGAAGUUCGUGUCUUAAACUGUGACAUUCCACCUUGCGACAUAAUCAAGGGCCAGGAUAUGGAAUUCGAAAUCGAUUUUGUCGUUUUCAAUUACACUUCUGAAAUGAAAACCUUGGUAAGGGCAACAACUAUGGGAAUAACUGUACCAUACGAAUUACCAGAUGAUGUUAGCGAUGCGUGUUCAAAUCUUAAAUAUGGUGCCUAUUGCCCAUUAUAUCCUGAAGAAGAUGUAACUUAUAAGUUUCUAUUUCCCAUAAGCAAUAUUUAUCCAGAAAUAAGUGUAAAAAUUGAAAUUUCUAUUGUUGAUCAGAAAAAAAGAAUUGUUACAUGUUUCGUGUGUGAUAUUAAGGUCAAAAAAGGAUCAAUUAAUCCAAAACUAUUGACAAACCUGAAAGUUAAUAAAUUGACUCGUAUUUAA